AUGUCCUCUCCAGUCCGCACGACAAUCCUCAUCUCUGGUAGCGGUACCAAUCUCCAAGCCGUAAUCGACAGGGUUCACGCCGGUGAACUGAACGCCCAGAUCAUCCGCGUUCUUUCCAACCGCAAAGACGCUUACGGCCUCGAGCGCGCUCGGAAAGCCUCGAUUCCGACCGAAUACCACAAUCUUGUCAAGUACAAAAAAGCACACCCAGCCACACCGGAGGGAGUCCAAGCCGCACGAGAGGAAUACGAUGCCGAACUAGCACGUUUGAUCUUGGCCGAUCAGCCAGAGCUGGUCGUAUGUCUGGGGUUCAUGCACAUUCUAUCGCCGCAAUUCCUGUCGCCGCUGGAAAAGGCCAAUGUGCGCAUCAUCAAUUUGCAUCCUGCUCUCCCAGGGGCAUUCAAUGGGGUGAAUGCGAUUGAACGCGCCCACGCCGCCUGGAUGGAGGGCAAAAUCGACAAGACUGGCGUCAUGAUCCACAACGUGAUUUCUGAGGUGGACAUGGGACAACCGGUUCUCGUCCGUGAGAUCCCCUUCGUGAAGGGACAGGAUGAGGACGUGGAGGUCUUUGAGAAGCGGGUGCACGAGAUUGAAUGGGGGACUGUUGUCGAGGGCAUGAAAAUGGUGCUUGAAGAGCUGCAGUCGGCGCGCAAGCAAUGA